AAUUCAAAGGGAAUUUUCCCGCGCGGGAAAAUCAUAGUAGGCGUACCAAGUGACAAAAGUGCUCUGAAAAAAGUCGAUGUCCGUCGUUUUAGUGGAGUUUUCCCGUGGAUUUUUUGUGAAAAUAGGUAAAAUAUUCGCAAGAGAAAUUCUUUAAGUGCGUAAGCAUGGCAUCCAUGAAGCCUGAGAAGCCCGAUGAAGAGUUCCACGGCGCGGGAACUUCGAGCCAAACCACCCGCAACAGGGGUCCCUUUUCGGCGGCUGCAAAAGUCUUCUCCAAGUCCAAAUUUAACGUUGCUGCAUCCCCAUUUGUCAUGAAUUCCACCAAGAAUGAGCCCAAUAUGCGCAUCGAGAUGUCCCCAAGGAGAUCCUCAAUGUACGCACAAAUGCCCCCAAGAGUCCCCUAUGCAACAUCUACGCCCGUUGCGCCACAAUUCCGAAGCAUCUUAGGGCGCGAUCCGAGGGCACACCACGGGCACGCUGUGGGCCCCAACUUGAUGGAUGAAAGCAUCAUGUGUUGCUUCCCACCACCACCGCCUUCUUUGAUUCGCAGCUGGGAUUUCAAUUCACCGAGAUCUUUUGGUGCUCAUUGCCAACCCGAUGGUACUAUCUUGAUUCGUCUCCGUGAAGGUGUUAGCAUUGAGAUGACUUUGGAUAGGGCUGUGAGGGUUAUCAAUAGUCACAGCAAAGUGGCCGUAGCGCUCUCCAACACGGGCAACUCCUCAGCCUUGAUUCAUCCAAAUGGACGUGUCUAUCAGUAUGGAUCAAAGGUAGAGAUUAUAACUUAUGAUGGAAUGAGAAAGAACAAUUUUGUGCGCUAUGCCAAAAUGUGGCAGAAAGGUGUGAGCUUCACGAGCCAACAUUGUGCUCUUGUCUAUUUGGUGGAUACUGCCGGAACGCGAACCACCACGGAUAGCUUCACAGAUAUGUCGCAGGAUUUGACAAAGGCUCUUUUCUAUCGUGAAACCCGCUACGGAGAAGAGUUUGUGGAUGAUGUACUACAGGUCCUCAGGGCUGCUUCAUGGUGGUCCAAUGAGGAUGGUAGUGACCUUUUCGACGUCAAUGGUUUCAGAAUCACCCAAACACCAGAUGGACUUGUGAGAAUCACAAAUUCCAAUAACAAAAGUCUGAUUCGUACAAGUCCUGGAAAUGGAUCUGCCACUUUAACCACCAACUUCAUGCAUUGCACCGCAUCCAUGGGUCAAACAUCGCAUCUGUUUGUUAGACGCGGAGAGCUUCGUAUGCAUUUCGAUGGUAGUCAAUUUGUGGUACGCAACGCAGGACAUUCUGCUGGAUUUGAUGACAACAAUCGCCUAAAGGUUUAUUAAUCAUCUCUAAUCUCAUUGUUAUUCUAACAAUUAGUUUCAUUACUCACCAUGAAGUACCCUCCAUACACAACAUUAUUUUCAUUUAUGUAAAAUUAUGAAAUCUCUCUCAAAA